AUGCAGCUUAUGAAAUUAGAAUGGAAUGUUCGGAUAUCGUCAGGUGCGGUUGCUACACUAAACAAGAGAAAGAUGAGUGCAGCACAAUUGCUGCCAAUAACUAACGAUUUGCUCAAGCUGAACAAAUAUAUAGAUACUUAUAUUUUGUCAGCUAAAGAAGAAAUUGAAAGUGAAGAGAGAAAUCACAAGUCCUGGGUAAGGGUUGCUACUCUAGUUUUAUCCCGUAUCAUUCUUUUUAACAAACGACGCUCCGGAGACGCGGCACGGAUCAAGAUGAGCGAUUAUAUUAACAGACCAAGGUGGGAAGAUCAAAGUACAGAUGAUAUAAAGGAAUCAUUGACACCAAUUGAGCGCAAGUUGGCCGAUACUCUAACUGUCGUUGAAGUAGAAGGAAAGAGAGGAAGAAAAGUUCCAGUAAUUUUGACGCCCAUAAUAAAAGAGUCUAUCGAUUUGCUGAUUCGACACCGGUAUCAGUGUAACAUUUCUUCGCAAAACAAAUACAUUUUUGCGAGAUCAAAUCCAUCAUUAAGCCACCUCAGAGGUCAUGACUGCUUGAAUAAGACAUGUGAGGAAGUACAACUUGAAAACGCGUCACUGAUCAGUGGAACAAAGCUAAGGAAGUAUGUAGCGACGGUUUGUCAGUUGUUCAACAUGUCAGAGAAUGAAUAUGAUUGGCUGGCAAGACAUUUAGGACAUGACAUAAGAGUACAUAGAGAAUUUUACAGAUUGCAUGAAAGUGCAGUAGAAUUAACUAAAGUCAGCAGGCUACUGAUUGCUGUAGACAAAGGUGAAGCCAGCCGAUUUGCCGGAAAACGCAUUGAGGAUAUUUCCAUAGAAGAUUUGCCGUAUUUGGAGGACGAAGCAGAUAACAUUGAACCAGAAAGUGAGGAUGAAAAUAUUGAAAUAGAUCCAAAUAAUGUAGCGGGAGUGCCUGAAGAACAAACAACGAAAAGAUGAAUCGCAAAAAAAGGUUAGUUACCCUUUACAGAAUUGAAUUAAUAUUACGGCCUAUUAUUAAGUAACAUUUUGUAUAUAUGGUUACGUGAAAUUGGCCUGCUAUUUUGGGAGAUACUGUAUGUGUUUAAAUUGUUUUCAUUAUUAAAGGUAAUAAUACUAAUACUAAUUCCAAAAUUAUGUUUCAGUGUCACCUAUACGGAAGAAUAGAAGAGAAAAGAUAAAUUGGUCAAAGGAGGAAAAGUCAGCAGUCCUCAUAUUUUUCAGAGUGAAUAUAAAAAAAGGAAUUGUUCCUAAUAAAGAACAAUGUAUGCAAUGUAUUGUCGAUAAUAAAGCUACAUUGGAAAGAAGAAAUUGGAAGAAUAUUAAAGAUUGCGUUUAUAAUGAAAUUAAA